GCUAAAGAAAUCCUGACAAAAGAAUCCAACGUGCAAGAGGUUCGAUGUCCAGUCACUGUGUGUGGAGAUGUGCAUGGACAAUUUCAUGACCUCAUGGAACUCUUUAGAAUUGGUGGUAAAUCACCAGAUACAAAUUACUUGUUUAUGGGAGACUAUGUGGACAGAGGAUAUUACUCAGUUGAAACAGUUACACUGCUUGUAGCUCUUAAGGUUCGUUACCGUGAACGUAUCACCAUACUCCGAGGGAACCAUGAGAGCAGACAGAUCACACAAGUUUAUGGUUUCUACGAUGAGUGUUUAAGAAAAUACGGAAAUGCAAACGUUUGGAAAUACUUCACAGACCUUUUUGACUAUCUUCCUCUCACUGCCUUGGUGGAUGGGCAGAUCUUCUGUCUACAUGGUGGUCUGUCGCCAUCCAUAGACACACUGGAUCACAUCCGAGCGCUUGAUCGCCUACAAGAAGUUCCUCAUGAGGGUCCAAUGUGUGACUUGCUGUGGUCAGAUCCAGAUGACCGUGGUGGAUGGGGGAUAUCUCCUCGAGGAGCUGGUUAUACCUUUGGCCAAGAUAUUUCUGAGACAUUUAAUCAUGCCAAUGGUCUCACGUUGGUGUCCAGAGCUCACCAGCUGGUGAUGGAGGGAUAUAACUGGUGCCAUGACCGGAAUGUAGUAACAAUUUUCAGUGCUCCAAACUAUUGCUAUCGUUGUGGUAACCAAGCUGCAAUCAUGGAACUUGAUGAUACUCUUAAGUAUUCUUUCUUGCAGUUUGAUCCAGCACCCCGUAGAGGCGAGCCACAUGUCACUCGUCGUACCCCAGACUACUUCCUGUAAUGAAAAUUUAAACUUGUACAGUAUUGCCAUGAACCGUAUAUUGACCUAAUGGAAAUGGGAAGAGCAACAGUAACUCCAAAGUGUCAGAACAUAGUUAACAUUCAAAAAACUUGUUUUCACACGGACCAAAAGAUGUGCCAUAUAAAAAUACAAAGCCUCUUGUCAUCAACAGCCGUGACCACUUUAGAAUGAACCAGUUCAUUGCAUGCUGACGCGACAUUGUUGGUCAAGAAUACAUGUCCUGGCAUAGCGCUAUUUGUAGUUACUUUUGCUUUCUUGAGAGACUGCAGAAAUAGGAUGUAAACAUUAACACCUGUGAGUCCAGUUGACUUCCACUUAGCUGUAGCUUACUCAGCAUGACUGUAGAUGAGGAUAGCAAACAAUCAUUGGAGCUUAAUGAACAUUUUUAAAUAAGUACCAAGGCCGCCCCUCUUGUUUUGUUUCUUUUCAGGGAUACCAUUUAAUUUAAUUGUAUGAUUUGUCUGCACUCAGUUUAUCCCUUCUCAAAUCUCAGCCCCACGUUGUUCUUUGUUAUUGUCAGAAAACCUGGUGAGUUGUUUUGAACAGAACUGUUUCCCUCCUGUAAGAUGAUGUUACUGCACAAGUCACCACAGUGUUUUCAUAAUAAACUUGAGAACUGAGAAAGUCAGGUUUGAAUUGUAUCAGUGGGCACGACUGGUGCUGUUUAUUAAACAAGAUAAAUCAAUUGAUCAAUUUUGGAAUUUGUAGAAUUCCAGGUAAAGAAAAAUAAAGAUCAAGGCCACUGUGUAACCUCUCUGGCAACUCCUUGGCAUUCUUCAGAAGAACUUGGGGACCUGUUUGUCUGACAUAUGACAUAUACUGCAGUUUGUCUUGUUGCUGGCCUGCGCUUGUGAAAGGAAUCUGUGCUGCUUCAGUAGGACUUGAUUGUUAAACCAUAGAACUUGAGAGUUUGUUUUUAGGAUUUUAAUUAAAAUGGCAUGUUUUCAGGUAGAACUUAACAAACUAAAUGAUGUGUCUAAUUAGUGUAGUUUCUGGUUAUAAAUAUAUUGCUAUGUAUAUUUCAUGACUAAAAUGAUUGACAGAAUGGUAAGUUCUUAACAAACAUUUGUACAUUUUUUUGUCAAGUCAUGUGAUCUUAGAGUUCAAUUUGUCUCAGAUAAGCUGUUAGUUAGAACCUUAGCCUGUGUUAAGUUCCUUGAGUGGUAAAUCAGUGAAGCCAAGUAGAAAUGGGUUUUUGGGUUACGGUUCAUGUUUUGUCCCAGAUCCAACAGUGGUGCCUGAGUGCCAUGCUCAGUGAAUAAUGAGUUUUUCCCUACUAUUCUUUGACUUGGCUUUAAAAAAAAAAAAAAAAACCAACAACAACAACAACAAAAAAAAAACGAAGACAGUUCUUCUGUGGGGACUGAAUAUUUGCUAUUUUAAGCUACCUGGGCAAACAUGAGGAUGCUUAAUUAUUACUGUGUGAGUGUAGUAAAUAAAUGUUUCCUUGCUUUGUA